GUUUAGGUGAUAGUGAGUAGGAGUAGUGAAGAUGGCCUCCCAAGUGUGUCAGAACUACCACAAGGACUGUGAGGAUGCUGUUAACAAACAGAUCAACCUGGAGCUCUAUUCCUCCUAUGUUUACCUCUCCAUGUCCUCUUAUUUUGACCGGGAUGAUGUUGCCCUGCGUCACUUUGCUGAGUUCUUCAAGGAGCAGUCCCAUGAGGAACGGGAACACGCUGAGAAACUGAUGGAAUUCCAGAAUCAACGUGGAGGCAGAGUCCUCCUGCAGGAUGUCAAGAAGCCAGAGCAGGAUGAGUGGGAUAAUGGUCUGGAGGCAAUGCAGAGAGCUCUGCAGAUGGAGAAGGAUGUGAACCAGAGUCUGCUGGAUCUGCACAAACUCUCCUCUGGCCACAUGGACCCUCAUCUGUGUGACUUCCUGGAGAGGCACUACUUGGAUGAGCAAGUGAAGAUGAUCAAGAAGCUGGGAGAUCACAUCACCAACCUGAAGAGACUGGGAGCCCCAGAGAAUGGGCUGGGAGAGUACCUGUUUGACAGGCUCACCCUGAGCUGAGUGGGAUCCUGGAAAUGCUGUUCUCUAAUCCAAUUCUGUUUCUCUUGUAUUGAAUAUGGAAAUAAAAAAAUUAUUAUUGAA